GGAGGAAGAGGAAGAGUGAGGGAGGGAGGAGAGGAAGAGGGACUAGGGCCAAGACACGUAAUUCACCCCCUUUCUCUUGGCGCCAAUCUGGCGGAGGAAAAAAAAAAAACUAUUUUGGUUUUUUUUUUGGUCGUUUAGUCAACUUUAGUGUAAUCAAUCGUGAGCAUAUUCUUUUGUAGCCAGUGGCGCUAGGUAGUUUGCUAAAUCGCUAUAGCAUUUUUACAUAAUCUUGCCCCCUUUUUUUCUCUCCCCCAAGAAACCACAUUCACUGAGCGACUAAGUUAGCUAGCAACAGCAAGACACAGCGGUCGUUUUUUUAAAAAAAAAACAACAACAACAACAACAACAACAGCGAUAUGGGGAGGAAAUCAAACAAAGCGAAGGAGAAGAAGCAGGCUCGUCUGGCGGAGAGGGCAGCCAUGGAUGCAGUGUGUGCCAAGGUGGACGCAGCCAAUAAGCUGGACGACCCUUUGGCUGCUUUCCCAGUCUUCAAAAAGUAUGACAGAAACGGAUUGAAUCUCCAGAUCGAGUGUAAGAGAGUGUCCACUCUCAACCCCAUGUCUGUGGAGUGGGCCUACGAGCUGACCCGGACCAACAUGCAAACACUGUAUGAGCAAAGCGAGUGGGGAUGGAAGGAGAGAGAAAAGAGGGAUGAGAUGAAAGACGAGAGGGCGUGGUAUCUGCUGGCUCGAGACACAGACUCCUCCCCCGUGGCCUUCUCUCACUUCCGAUUCGAUGUCGAGUGCGGGGAGGAGGUGCUAUACUGUUAUGAGGUCCAGCUUGAGAGUAGGGUGCGGAGGAAAGGACUGGGCAAGUUUCUCAUCCAGAUACUACAGCUCAUCGCCAACAGCACACAGAUGAAGAAGGUGAUGUUAACAGUAUUCAAACACAACCACGGGGCGUACCAGUUCUUCAGAGAAGCUUUACAGUUCGAUAUCGACGACACCUCCCCCAGUAUGUCUGGUUGUUGUGGCGACGACUGCACCUAUGAGAUCCUGUCGCGGCGGACCAAACAUGCCGAGGCCCAAGCCGAGGCCCAGGGGCACAGCCACGGUGGAGGAGGGCACUGUGGAGGCUGCUGCCACUGAGGGAGCCUGUUCCUAUUUCACCACUUCCUGCCCACUUCCUGGUCCCACGCUCUAGAAGAUGCCCCUGGUCCGCUUCUCUGCUCAUGAGUCAUUACUGUACCCAACCUCCAAAUGCCCCAAUACCCUGGCCCCCUCUAUAUCCUACCCUUUCUCUCAUCCAUAUCCCUCUCUUUCUCUAUCAUCCAUAUCCCCUCUUUCUCUCUCAUCCGUAUCCCUCUUUCUCUCUCAUCCGUAUCCCUCUUUCUCUCUCA